UCUCUCUUGUUCCCGCCAUAUUCGGCGACGUUUGAAACUUUCUUCCUCUUCCUCCUUUCAUUCGUAUUAAUCAAUUGAAUUUGCGAUUAAGAAAAAGAGAGAGAGAGUUAGUGAUAUUAUUGUAUAUUGUAUGAAGCAAGCUUAGCGAUCGAUCAGUGAAUAAUGGAGAAGUACCUUAGAGAAAACUUUAGCGUUCAGCCGAAGAACCCUUCCGAGGCGGCCCUCCUCCGAUGGAGAUCCGCCGUCUCCGUCGUCAAGAAUCCCCGCCGCCGCUUCCGCAUGGUGGCCAAUCUCGCCCAACGCGCCGACGCCGAACAAAAGCGCACGAAGCUCCAGGAAAAGAUACGGGUUGCUCUCUAUGUGCAAAAAGCAGCGUUGCAUUUUAUUAACGCUGGGAACCGUGGUGGUGGUUCCAUGCUCUCCAAAGAGAUUCAGGAAGCAGGCUUUGGAAUUGAGCCCGACGAAUUAGCCUCCAUUGUUCGAUCCCAUGACACCAAAUGUUUAGAACAUCAUAAAGGAGUUGAAGGAGUAGCAAGAGCUGUUCGUGUGUCAUUGCAAGAGGGCGUUAACACACUCGAUGUUCACCACAGACAAAAUAUCUAUGGUUUUAACCGCCAUGCCGAGAAGCCCCCAAAAAGCUUUUGGAUGUUCGUUUGGGAUGCAAUGCAGGACUUAACUCUAAUCAUCCUUAUGGUAUGUUCUUUUGUUUCAGUAGGUGUUGGAAUCCUAACAGAAGGUUGGCCAAAAGGUAUGUACGAUGGAGUUGGAAUCAUACUAUGCAUCCUUUUAGUGGUCUUUGUCACUUCAAUCAGUGACUAUAAACAGUCUUUGCAAUUUAAGGAUUUGGACAAAGAAAAGAAAAAUGUGAGCAUUCAAGUUACAAGAGACAGCAAAAGACAAAAAGUUUCAAUUCAUGAUCUAGUAGUAGGAGACAUAGUCCAUCUGUCAAUAGGAGACAUAGUUCCUGGAGAUGGGUUAUUCACGUCAGGUUUCGGUUUAUUAAUAGAUGAAUCAAGCCUAUCAGGUGAGAGUGCGGCUGUGAAUGUUGAUCAAGAGAAGCCUUUUCUUCUAUCAGGGACGACAGUGCAAGAUGGUUCUGCUAAGAUGCUGGUGACAUCCGUUGGUGUGAGGACUGAAUGGGGAAGAUUGAUGGAUACUCUGAACGAAGGGGGAGAUGAUGAGACACCACUCCAGGUCAAACUAAAUGGGGUUGCUACCAUUAUUGGAAAGAUAGGUUUGUGUUUUGCAGUAGUCACAUUCAUGGUUCUCACGGGCAGGUUUUUGUGCGAGAAAAUAGCUCACCAUGAGAUCACAAAAUGGUCGCUAAAUGAUGCAUCUAGCCUUCUCAAUUUCUUUGCCACUGCUGUCAUCAUAAUAGUUGUGGCAGUUCCUGAGGGGCUUCCUUUGGCAGUCACACUAAGCCUUGCAUUUGCAAUGAAGAAAUUGAUGAAUGACAAGGCACUAGUAAGGCACCUCUCAGCAUGCGAGACAAUGGGUUCUGCUGGUUGUAUUUGCACUGAUAAAACCGGGACUUUGACUACAAACCACAUGGUUGUGGACAAAAUAUGGAUUUGCCAACAAACUAAGGUCAUUAAUAUCGGCAACAGUGAAAAUGUGUUCAAGUCCUCAGUUUCCGAACACAUAUUUGAUCUCCUUUUGCAAUCCAUAUUCCAGAACACUGGCUCAGAGAUAGUCAAAGGGCAAGAUGGAAGGAACAAGAUCAUGGGUACUCCCACAGAGUCCGCGUUGCUGGAGUUUGGCUUGCUUUUAGGAGGUGAUUCCAAGUUUUAUAACGACAAGUAUAAAAUAGUGAAGGUUGAGCCUUUCAAUUCAAUCAGAAAAAAGAUGUCAGUGCUGGUGGCUCUUCCCGAUGGCACCAACACCAAGUAUCGAGCAUUCUGCAAAGGAGCCUCAGAAAUAGUUCUGAAAAUGUGUCAAAAAGUUGUGAAUGCAGACGGCAAAGUCGUCCAAUUGAACGAACAACAAAGGAAUAGCGUCACAGAAGUUAUCAGUGGUUUUGCUUCUCAGGCUCUGAGAACACUCUGCAUUGCCUUCAAGGAUAUUGAAGGAUCUUCUGGAAGUGAUAGUAAUAGUAUUCCUGAGGAUAAGUACACGUUGAUAGCUAUUGUUGGGAUCAAGGAUCCAGUGAGGCCUGGAGUAAAAGAAGCUGUUAAGACUUGCUUAGAAGCUGGCAUUGUCGUUAGAAUGGUGACUGGUGACAACAUAAAUACCGCUAAAGCAAUAGCCAGAGAAUGCGGCAUAUUGACAGAUGGAAUAGCAAUAGAGGGACAAGAUUUCAGGAACAAGAGCCCCCAAGAAUUGAUGAACAUAAUACCAAAAAUACAGGUAAUGGCCCGAUCCUUGCCUCUUGACAAGCACACCUUAGUGAAACAUUUGAGGAAUGAUUUUAAUGAGGUUGUGGCAGUAACUGGUGAUGGGACCAAUGAUGCUCCAGCUUUGCAUGAGGCUGAUAUUGGACUUGCUAUGGGUAUUGCAGGGACAGAGGUUGCCAAAGAGAACGCGGAUGUGAUUGUAAUGGAUGAUAACUUCACAACCAUAGUGAAUGUUACCAGAUGGGGCCGUGCUGUUUAUAUUAAUAUACAAAAGUUUGUCCAGUUCCAGUUAACAGUUAAUGUUGUUGCUCUCAUGCUGAAUUUUGUUUCAGCAUGCGUGUCAGGCUCAGCUCCUCUUACUGCUGUUCAAAUGCUUUGGGUAAACAUGAUCAUGGACACCCUGGGAGCAUUGGCACUGGCUACAGAACCUCCUCAUGAUGGGCUGAUGAAGAUGCCACCUAUUGGAAGGAACGCCAAAUUCAUCACCAGGGUCAUGUGGAGGAACAUAAUAGGUCAGGGCAUAUACCAAAUUAUUGUCCUUUUGGUUCUCAAGUUUCGUGGGAAACAGAUUCUCAACCUUAAUGGACCGGAUGAUGCUACCUUACUUCUCAAUACCGUCAUAUUCAACACCUUUGUAUUUUGCCAGGUAUUCAACGAGAUAAACAGCCGUGACAUGGAGAAGGUUAAUGUUUUACAAGGCAUGUUGAGCAGCUGGGUUUUUCUGAUGGUGAUGGCCGCAACUAUAUGCUUUCAAGCCAUAAUAGUUGAAUAUUUGGGUGCUUUUGCUCAAACAGUGCCACUGAGCAGGGAGUUGUGGUUAACAAGCGUGAUGAUUGGUGCGGUAAGUAUAGUUGUAGGUGCUAUCCUAAAGUGCAUUCCAGUUCCAUCCAGUAACUACGUUGCCACGCACCAUGAUGGCUACGAGCAACUUCCCAGUGGACCAGAGCUCGCAUGAAUACGAUAGAUUGGAUUAUGCAGUUCACUUUUUAAGCUUUGAUCACAAUUUUGAUUCUUUUUUUUUCAAACCCUUCAAGAAAGAUAUACCAUAUAUAACUUGUCAUCGUUGGUUGUCUUUAAUUUUAGACUUCGACUCUUCUCACCAUCCUAUUCUUUAACUUCUGCCCUCAUUUUUUUCUCUGUCUCAUUUGUUGGGUGCUCUGUCAUUCUCGAUUUUGAGUAUGAUAUCAUCCAAAUUCCUCAACCAACCCCCCCUUUCCUUUCACUCUUUCGGAGGAUGAUUUUUGUCUGUAGUGAAAACAUUAAUUUGCUAGUAAACAUGUACCGGACCGAAAUUACGAGGUUAAGUUUAAAAAGUCUUACUUAUCGUCAACUUAUUAUAUGGUCGGAUUAUUGUUCAAAGUUAAUAGUUUUUUUUAUGAAUAAUGUUAUUCUUCUAAUA